AUGGCGGAAGUCGCAGAGUCCGGCCCUAUUGAACCCCAGGCCAAGCACGUCGUGUAUUGCGGAGUUUGCACACUACCUUCAGAGUACUGCGAGUUCGGCGGGACAGCUAAAAAAUGCGAAGAAUGGCUGAAGGACAGUUACCCGGACCUGCAUGAACAAUUAUACUCAGAGGAAGCCGUCAGCGCCAACCUAUCGAAUCUUUCAUUGUCCGUUCGUGAGCGCGCAGCCAAGGAUGCUGCGAAGAAGGAGGCCAAGGCCGCCGCAGCCGAAACACGCGAUGCCGAGCGGAAAGCCGCCUCAAAAGUCCAGAUCAAGCGCAUUGAGCGUAACAAGCGCAAGCACGUCACCGUCAUCACAGGGUUGGAGGUACAUGGGUUGGAGAACAAGAAGGUCGCCAAGGAACUCGGUAAGAAGUUUGCUACCGGUUCUUCAGUGACGAAAUCCGCCGCUGGUGUCGAAGAGAUUACGGUCCAGGGUGACGUGAGCGACGAUGUGCAAGAGUGGCUGGUGGAGGUGAAGGGAAUUCCUGAAGCGAACACUGAGUUGGUCGAGGAUAAGAAGAAGAAGAGCAGCACUUGA